AUGCCAGAAAGCGUUGCAAGUAAUAGUUCGCUUGAAGAAGGUGAUCCAAACGAAAACCGAAGCAUUAAUAAACAUGAAUUUCGAGAAUUGGUUUCAAAUAUCGAAGGAACAUCUUCUUCAACAUAUGAAACAUCGGGUUACCGUCUGCAUGGCCAUGAAGUCGGUGCUAGUCAAUUCGAUCGAAACAACUAUCAAACAUUAUCAAGUGGCAUUAAUCUUGCUGGCAAUAGUAAUAGUAGACGAUUACAACAAAAUACAUAUACUACACGCGAAAGUGUAGCAGUAGUAAACAGUUUCACGAAUGAAACCGUGAUUGAAACACAUAGUUCGGAAGAGACUAACAGAUUUCUUGAAAGAACAGCCAACAUUUGCAAAGAUCCUGAUCCGAUAGUUGUUCAAAAAACAGUAGCGGACAGACCGGUGACAUAUCAGCAACGAGUUCUUGUUCGAUAUCUCCAACCACCAGCGGUGCAACCACCAGGACCACUCAUUAUUAAAGAAGUGCGUGAACCUCAAGCAGCACCACUUCCACCACUUGUUAUACGUGAAUACCCGGAACCUGCCGUUACACCACCGCCACUUGUCUUACGUGAACGACCACCAAUGCCACCAUUACCUAUUCCAAGCGAAACGAUUAUCCGCCGAAUACCUGGCCCACCUCCUCCUCCACGAUCGAUUAUUGUCGAACGUUUUCCAGCUCCACCGGAAAAACCACGUGAUAUUAUCAUCGAACGUUGGUUACCUUAUGGGCCUGCACCUGAACGCCGUACAAUUAUUGAAGAAGCGCCGAGUGUCGAUUCUGUAUCAUGUUCAGAAUGCCGCAAUCAGAUUAUUGUUUAUGAACGUGUUGAACCACGUGUAGUUCGACGAUUGGAAAAAGAAGAUAUUGUUAGAGAAAAUCCUGCCGAUUAUAUAGCUCGUUAUGGAAAUACACUGUUAGAUUCAACGACACUUAUUGAAACAGCUCGUAAUGCUGGCAUUUACGAAGAUCUGUCUCUGCCGGCACUAUCAUAUUCGAACAUACGCGCAAGUACUAUUGAUUAUGGGGCAUCAGGUAAAGACAAAUACAUAACGAAGAGGCCUUAUUUUGCAGUUUCUAUAUCAUAUUCUUCUCUAAAAUUUCGAAGUUUUGACACACCUGCGACUUUUUAA